UUUAACUCUUUUGGAUGAUCUCUCCUUAGGGUCCCGAAAGUUCCUCUUGGGAGCAGGGCGAGAAAUUUAGCACCUUACAGGAGAGAAGGGGCAUUUUUGUGCCACGGAAAUGUGUCGACCCCUGUGAAGAAAUUGCAUGCCGCCACGACUUUUGUUCUGGAGGUUUGCGUGAAAUCGGCGGGAUGCCUUGACCAGGUCACAGUAAUGGUGGAAGUGGGUGGACCCAAUGACAUCACUGUGGAGUUGCUCUGUGGGACCUCAGUGUGUCAAAGUUCACAGCAGGUCAACGUGUCAGAUGAUGGCUCCUUUGCAGUUUCAUGUCAAUGGAUUUGGGAAGGGUCAGCCGAGCAUGAAAUCAAGUUGACGGUCUUCAACCCGAUUUCAGAGCAUUUCUGCCCCCCGGGCUUCUGCGCGGCGGCGCCGUCGGAGAUCUUUUUGCUUCACGGAACCCCCCUCCCGCACGCAAGCUCCCAAAGCGGGACCGCGCAGGCCGUGUAUGUGGGGGAUCCCGUCACGCUGCGGGCGUGCGCGGCCGGCGGGCCGGCAGCGCGCUUGUGCUGGUCGUUUCGUCACAGGGAGGGAGACGCGGAGCUUGGGGUCGAGAGGACUUGUGAGGCCCCGAACGGCAGCCUGGCGUUCGUGCCGUCUCCAGCCAACGUCACCGCUGCCAACAUGAUUGACCGAAGUGUCAGCGUUUAUACGACACGUCAAGCCUACCCCACCGAUACGGACGUGACCUUUUCGGCUGUGACGGACGUGCCCGGGCCGCUGGACAUUUUCUGGAAUUUUGGCGACUCCACAACGGGAAGAAGCGGCAGCAGGAACGUCACCAAAAGAUACGACGCUCCUGGAAGCUACGAGGUAACGGCGUUGCUGUCCGACGGCCGCACCUCCCUCACGUCCGGAGCCUUGUCCGUCCUCAUCCAAAGGCCCGUGAAGCUCAACAAGUUGGUCCACCGGGCCUCCGUCCUUCGGAACCAGACGAUCACAGUGAGUUGCAGAGUGGAUUCCGGCACCGACGUCACAUUCCUGUGGAGCUUCGGCGACGGGACGACAAGGUCGGGACAAAGCGUUGAACGGCACGCCUUUCUCAGCACCGGAGAGUUCCUGAUGGAAGUGACCGCGUCCAACCGGGUCAGUCGCGGCUCCCUCAGCAGCGUCAUCUUUGUCUCGGAGCGUCCGUGUCGGCCUCCGCCCGUCAAGAACAUGGGCCCUCUCAAACUGCAGGUGCCGAGACAUGACGUGAUCCGUCUGGGCGUGUCCUACGAGGGGGACGUGGAAUGCGACGCGUCGAGGGGCCUCCGUUACACGUGGACGCUGUCCGACUCCGCGGGCCGAGUUCUGCCGGUUGCGGAUGCUCACGGGCAGCGCCUGGUCCUGCCGGGACAUCUCCUGCGCUACGACACCUACGCCGCCGUGGCCAGGGUGGAGGUGGUGGGCAGCGUGGUGUACAGCAACUACAGCGUGAGACUUCAAGUGAUUCCCGGCCCUCCCGUGGCUUCCAUCCAAGGCGGCACCAACAUCUUCGUUAAGCGCGCUAACACGACCGUGGUGACGCUGGAUGGGCGGCGUUCCUACGAUCCCGACUUCCCGACGCAUCCCUUCAGCGUCACGUGGACGUGCCAACCGGUCAGCUCCAUCAAGAGUUCCUGCUUCAAGCGUCACGUCGCUAGCGGCUCCGCCGUGCUCACCUUUCCCACCGGCUCCCUCCAGCCGCGUUUCGACCAGUUCCAGUUCACGCUCACCGUCCGCAGCGGAGCGCGGUCUGCUUCGACGGAAGCUUUUGUCACCCUAACGCCCAGCGUCCUCGGGCGGCUAGCGGUAUCGUGUCUGCAAUGUGACGGAGACCAAGUCAACUGGGACGGGCCGAUCACAGUCCGGGCCCUGUGUGAAGACUGCGAGGUUCCCCCGAACCGCAUCCAGUACACCUGGACUUUGCACUCGGUGAAUGCUUCCUCCAAAGCCGCGGUCGAAGUGCCAUUUUGUUUCACGCUGGACCUCGGUGCCCCGUCCACCAUCAAAGAAACCGCAUCGAUGCCCACCUCACAUCUUCAGCCACAUGCUCCAAAUUCUUCCCAACCUGCUCAUCCGUUAGAUGCGUUUGUUCCUACAGAGGCCAUCGCCGGGGGAAGUUGCAAGUCAACUUCCGAUCGAGUACGACUCCUCGGCAGACUGGGAUCGCGCCGAUGGACCAGGUGGAGUAUCGAGCUGUGCGAUCGGCGCACGCCGCCGUUUGUCAAGUCUCGCCGACGUGAGCGGAAGCCUCUGCUCUCUGGCGCAGGUUCCCGCGUUCCCUGGCAAAUCGCGGAGGAGGGAGAGCCGGGAAUCUCAGCCGGAAGACUGAGAGGUGCGGAUGUUCUGAGGCCGAAUCCGAGGGACGACACGCGGUUGCACCCGGCGCCACGCGACUCCGAGGGAAGUAAUCUGGUGGAGUCCCGGCCCAGGCAGGCCAUUCGGAAGCAGACCUUGAUCGACCUCCCUCGAGAACCAAUCGACGCCAGAUCCUUUGCGUCCUACACCUACACGGGACUUUCGUCUGCAUUGCUCAGCCUCAGACCUUUUAGCUUAAAGCCGGGCAACGUGUACAUGCUGGAGGUCAUCGCCAAAUGUCCAAGUCGUAUUUUGGGACGCACGCAAUUAUUCUUGAGAACAAAGCCCAUUCCUAAAGGAAUGACAUGCCAAGUCCAACCAAGCAAAGGGCUGGAGUUGUAUACACAUUUCGGCAUCUUCUGCACCUCAGGCAGAGAGGACUUACUGUACGAGUACAGCUUCAGCGUUGGGAGAGAACCUCCCAGGAUGUUGUACCAGGGGAGAAACUUCCAGUACUACUUCAGCCUGCCAUCCGGACACCCCGGCAAUGACUAUAAAGUAACCGUCUACACCAAAAUCAGAAGCGGCCUUUACGGAUCCUCCACUCAAGUUUGCCCAGUAACUGUCCAAGUCCGGCCCAGCUUCUUCAGAACCGUUUCCUUCCCCGAUCCUGAUGUGGUUUUGUCCCAAUCAGGGUUGAAGAACCUCUCCGCAUUGAUUGUGCUCGGGAACAGUGCGGAGAUUAGCAACUAUGUCAGUCUGUUGUCGCGCAUCCUCAAUAGGCUCAGCUCGGACAGCCAGGCGGACCAGCGUGCUCAGAGUCAUCUGCGGAACGUGCUCAUCUCCGCUUUGUGCAAGCUGGAAAGUCCUGACCAGGACUCAACGGUAGACAACGUUGGCAUUCUGCGAGAUCUUUUCCAAGUGCCAAGGCAGGUGACAUUAGCCAGCGUCCGACAAGCGGUGACUCACGUGAAGGCCAUCUCGGCGGAGCUUUCUCGACCCGGUGCACCAAAGCGCUACCGACCGGACCGGCGGACGCUCGACACCCUGGUGGCGGUGUUAUCGCGUGGCCUGGAGGCCGCCAUCGGCGCUCACGACGUCGCGGACGCCACGCGCCGGGUGGAGCCCCAUCCGCCGGUUGGAUUCGACUCGGGAAAGGGCCUCACAGAUGACGAUUUGCAAACAAGUCCCAGCCAGCGGCCGGAGCGACUCGUGGAAACUAUUCUACUGACCGCUUCUGACCUGAUCCUGAAGCACACCUUGUCGGAGAAGAGCCAAGAGCACGCGGUCAGGAGUGGCUUCGUUUCUCUCUUCGUCGCGCGGCGGGACUCGGCAGCAUCGGUCAUCGGCGGCGAUUCGGCCACGUUUUACACGCCCGCGCCGCUGACGCCUUCUCUCAGAGGAGAGUGUGUGCUCAGCCUUCUCGCCGAACUCGAUCGGUCACCUUGGAGCCGGGCCACGUAUCCCGAGAGGAUGAAUGGACCGGUGGUCGACUUGACUCUGUAUGAAUGCGGCACCGGGAAAAAAAUCUCAGUGGGAUCGCUCGUUCAGCCGAUCACUGCGGAGAUGAGACCAAGACAAGACAAAAAGGAAGCCGCUCACGAGUACGUCCUCCUGCCGAACCGCGUCGCCUACCACAGCUUCAACGUAACCCGCCGACAUUCCCGCCAGGCCAUCCAGCUGAGCGUGGCUUUCACGCCGCCGCCGACGCGCUCGUUUACCAUCACGCUGCUGUUCAGGAUGUUUGCCAAGCCGUCUCCCGGCACGCACCAUUUGCGCAAGAUUCACCGUUGGGAGACCCGCACCGCUCGUAUCACCCUGCCGCCGUCUUAUCUCAAGACUCCGGGGGUGGGCUACCUGGCGUUAUUCAACGGCGACUUUGAUAAACCAAUCGGACGCCAGCGCCCGAGCAGCCCCAUCAAUUACACUCUGGAGGUGGAUGCCAGCCAAUGUUUGUCCUUGGACCGCCUAAAGGGCGCCUGGACGCCGCUGGGCUGCAGCACGCGGCAGGCGGACGGCACGCGCGCCGUCAACUGCAGGUACUGGCGUCGACGCGGCGAAAGUUGUCACCGCUUGAGGGCCAUGACCGUGGUCCGGAAGCAGAUUGGGACGGUCUACGAAGCGGCCGACCUGGACGCCUUCCUCAGCGAGGCCGCCGACGUGACCGUCCCGCUUGUCCUGUUGCUGUGCGCGUGUCUGUACGUGCCGGCGUUGAUGGGAUGCAGGAGAGCGGACAUGGCGUCCGAGCCGAGUUGCCGAGUCCACUACCUGGGCGACAACUGUCCGCGGGAAGCGCAUCUCUAUGCUGUGACCGUCCACACCGGCCUCCGCUCCGCGUACAGACUGAGCGCAAAGGUUUACGUGGCACUCUACGGCGGCGACCGCACCUCGCCGACGAGGGAACUGUCCGUCCCGGGAUGCACGCUUUUCAGGAGGAACUCGCGAGACACCUUUGUGCUCAGUGCGGCCGAGAGCCUGGGUCCCGUGUGGGGGGUCCGCAUCUGGCACGACAACUCCGGAGCGUCGCCGCAUUUCUACCUGAAACUGGUGGAAGUCUCCGAGCCGGGGCGGGCCGACGCGCGGCGGCUCUUCUUCGUGGGCCAGUGUUGGUUGUCCGCGAGCAGAGGGGACGGCCGCGUGGAGAGGAUGCUGCGCGUUUGCACUCGUGGAAUCGGAGUAGCUCGGAUGAUGCGUCUGACGCUGUGCGACUACCUGGCGGACUUCCACACGUGGAUGUCCGUGUACACCUGCCCUCAGCCUCACUCGUUCACACGCACGCAAAGGCUGGCCGUAUGCCUGCUGCUAUUCGCAGGCUACGCGUGCGUCAACGCGCUGAUCGUAGCGCAAACGCAAGAAGUGCUCCAUUUCGAGGCGGGCACCACGGCGCUAUCCGCUACGUCUCUGACCGCCGGGCUAUCAAGCGUGGCGGUGGUGUUGCCCGUGGCGACACUCAUAACGUUCCUGUUUCGACUGCGUGGAGCCAAGUUGACGACGGGAGAGGAGAGAAGCCGGACUGGCCGGGACCCUCGCGAGGUGGGCAACCCCGACUCGGCUCAGAAGAAUGAUCGGCCGGUCGCGAGGGACGUGAAGAACGGCGAAAUCCAGACGGAAGUCAUUCAGAAGCGGAUGCGCUUUCAAGAAGGAGCCCCUUGUCAGGCUGCAAGCCAGGGAGGCGGCUCUCGGCGGGCGGCCUGCUCGGAACGCAGACCACGUCUCGCCGCGUUCGACGAGCUAAGACGGAGGACAAUGAGAGCGGCUCGGCUGUGGUGUUACCAUCUGCCCUGGACGUUGUGCCUGCUUCUGUCUUUUGCCGGUCUACUGAUCACGGUGCUGUUGGGGCUCAGGUUCAGCAGUAGUAAGCUGCGACUGUGGCUCCAGUCGACCUUCCUCUCCUUGGCGUCCUGCUUCUUCCUGAUCCAGCCAAUCGGGAUCCUUGCCGUGGGCGUGACGCUAUCCGUUUGCUACAGAAAUAGAACAGACUUCCAGAGUCCCUCCAGAAUCACCUUUAAAGCGGCAGAGCAGCUCGCUUGCGCUCUUCGGUCGGACGGCAUCUCAGAUCUCCAAAAGCGCCGGCGAGUGAGAUUUCUCCGCCUUGUGCGCCCGCCAACUGUCGCGGAGCUGCGGUUGACUCGGGCGCGCAGAAGCCGUGACGCUUUUAUUGGCCGAACCCUCAGGGAUUUGUGUGUCCUUGUAGCCAUGCUCCUCCUGAUGUUGUGCAUUGCUAACGGCAGCUCAUUCAGGGUUUACCGCACGCCUACCGCUCGGGACGACGUCGUCACUGUCUGCCAGCUGCUAUUCCUCUGCUUGUCCCUGCUGCAUCUCAGCAUCCAAGUGGGCACCGCGUGGCGCAAAGGCUUGUUAGGAUACUGCGCGGCACCCCGCAACUGGCUGCAUGUAAUUCUCCAAAUGGUGAUCUUCCUGUACUCUUAUCACCACAUCUACUACUCCGUGGAGUCCGUGGAAGUUGUGGAGCUGUUGCGGAGGAGCGACGGCAAAGAACGCGUGGAUGUCAGCCACCUGGCCGCCCGGGAACAACAUAUUCGCUCCCUGCGUGGCCUUCUGCUCCUUCUCCUCACCGCAAAAUGCGCAACCAUGCUGACGCUGACCAGGAGGUCGACGACGCCCUCGACCCGCUUGAUCCCAAACCUUAUGCUGCUGCUAGCUGCACACUCCCUUCCAACACUGCUAUGUAACAACUGUGACCUCCGAUCCGGAUACUCGUUCCUAAGCUUCCGAAGCCUCUGCCUGUCCUUCGCCGCUGCGAUGAUGGCCUCGGUGUCCUCAUCAGGGAGGAAGCGGCGUCAAAGCAGGAAGGACGUAUGCACUGUGAGAGAAUUAGGCGGCUACAUCAGACGGAGGGUUCGUGAGCUCACUGGACACGAAGAACAGGCGAGGCCUGCCGUGGAGAGCAAGACUUACUACCUGGAGGAGUUUGAAACGGUGGUGGAUGAGCUACUAUUCAAACUAAACAGGCUGCACGCCACACUGCUCCCUGUUGCUCAUCAUGCCCACAUCGACGACAGCCCUGCAGCCUCACACACCUCUCAGAACAGUGAGAGAACACGCUCAACAGAACCAGAAGCCCCGGUGAAUGCCACGCCACUCCAAUCUGCUGAAGGCCUUCAGAAUAAGGAGUUCCGCCCGACAUCGACACGAGCGGCAUUGCCACGACCAAGUGCCAGUGGUGGAGAAUCCAAAUCUAUGGUGGGGGAACUGCAAAGUGGACGAGCGGAGUGUCUUUCAGUCCUAAAUGAUGCUCUGGAAAGGCAAACGAGCCACGUGACCAGGAGAAGCGACAGCUGUUUGACUCGUCAAAAUAUUACGUGUCGCACAACCACUCAGGCACCUCAUACAGAGAUGUUGGUCGAAGUAGUGAUCCACAAUAAGCCUUUGUGAGCGUUUUUAAAACUGCACAUCUUCAUUGGUGGCUGUGUACAGGAAUAUACAGCAUUUGCAUUUCAAAAUUGUUUAGACAGCAGGAGUAGUUCUGCAAUCAGGUGCUAUCAUUUCAGUCGGUGCAUAAACAUUUGCAAACACGAUGAUCCCAAGGCGAUUCUACAUUGAGUGUGAAUAUUCAUUAUGCAAUGACAAAUACAUUUUGCUCCUGUGAACACGACAAACGUUUCUGACGCGCAAU